AAGUAGUUCUUGCACCGAAAACGGACGACAUCGAAUGGCAGCUCACAUCAUUCCGCGUGUGAUGCGCCCCGCGUUCGCCGCCUCUACCACACCAGCCAGUGCUGACAUGCCACGGCGUGUUCGCAUCUUGCAGUUCAACACGCUGGCCGACGGGCUGUCGGACGCGUUCCCGCUGGUCGAGAAGCGGCUGCUGUCCUGGCCGCACCGCUCAGCCCUGCUGCUCCAAGAGAUCCUUGCGCAUGAUCCCGACAUUGCAUGUCUGCAGGAAGUGGACCACUUUGAUGACUUUUUCGAAUCCGAGCUUGCCCAGCAUGGCUACACUGGCAUUUUCAAGCCAAAGCGCGACGACGGCAAGGCAGACGGCUGCGCGACCUUCUUCAAGCGGUCAAAAUUCGAGGUGCACAUUCGGCAAGACCUCGAAUACCGUAAAGUGAUUGACGACAAGGACGUGUCGCAAGUGGCCAUCUUGACCGUGUUCAAGCCCGCAGGAGUCGCGCCGAACGCGGACGGGAUUGUGUCGCGCGAGGGCCUCUUUGCCGUGCUUAACACACAUCUGAAGGCGAAAGACGAGUUUGAGGCAACGCGGGUCAAGGAAGUGUCGGCGGUAUUGGACGUGUUGGCAAAACUCCAAGCACAGUUCCCACGCAUCCCGAUGGUCAUCUCGAGCGACAUGAAUACGGAACCCACCGGUCCGGUGUAUGAGCUGCUUGAGAAGGGCUUGGUGUCGUUCUCUGGCUCAUCUUAUACCCAUCGCUUGUCGCUUAAAAGUGCGUAUGCGCUGUACAAGGACGGAGGUGGCGAACCAGACUACACAACGUGGAAGAUUCGGCCGCCAGUCGAAGUGGCCCGCGUGAUUGACUAUCUUUGGUACACUCCGGAAACCCUCCUUCCCAUCCAGUUGCUUGCAUUGCCUGGUCCCGAGACACUUCCGCCAACGCGCCUCCCGAGCGAGAAUUACCCGUCCGACCACUUCGCGCUUCUCGCAGAGUUUGGAUUCCUACCCGCGAGCAUGUAGAAGGAACUCGGUGCGACACGCUCUGCGGUAUGGCCUGGCACCUGUCCCCCCAAAGCAGGCAGGCAAGCAGGCAGGGGCGUGGGAGGAACGUGCCGAAGGAAUACAACAACACUAUUUUGUUUUUGUUUUCAUUACAGUUUACGUUUAAUUCAAUGUCUUUCUCG